AUGGCUGAUGUGACGGCCGAGGCAGCAGGGGCCUCCUCCGCCCAGGGCGCGCUCAGCCCUAGGGUAAGCCAGGGGCCCUGUCCAAGGCCCGAAGGGGUGAGAGGAGGUGAGGCAGCCAUGCCGGGCGGUGGCCCCAGCGAGAGGAUGACCUGGCCAGGGCCGGCCCUGCCCUCGGCCGUCACAACCCGCCCUUUCUCCUCAGCCGCGGCACCCAUCCCGCCCCUCACCAGGACCCGCAGCCUCAUGGCCAUGUCCCUGCCUGGGAGCCGAAGGCCCUCCACAGGAUCUCGCAGCCGGGGGCUGUAUGGACGAAAUGGGCUGGCCGUGUUCUCUCAAUGUUCACCAUCCUCUGACACCCAGCUUGGGCCUCCACCUCUUCUUCCUGCCUCCAGGCGUACCUCACCCCCCGUGAGCAUGCGGGAUACCUAUGGUACCUCCUCACUCAGCAGCAGCAGCAACUCUGGCUCCUAUAAGGGCAGUGACAGCAGCCCCACACCAAGGCGCUCGAUGAAGUACACCUUGUGCAGCGAUAAUCAUGGCAUCAAGCCCCCCACUCCAGAGCAGUACCUGACGCCCCUGCAGCAAAAGGAAGUCUGCAUCCGGCACCUGAGGGCUCGGCUAAAAGACACGCAGGAUCGUCUCCAAGACAGGGAUUCGGAGAUUGAUGACCUGAAGAGCCAGCUGUCCCGGAUGCAAGAGGACUGGAUCGAGGAGGAAUGCCACCGGGUGGAGGCCCAGCUGGCUCUCAAGGAGGCCCGCAAGGAGAUCCGGCAGCUCAAGCAGGUGAUCGACACGGUCAAGAAUAACCUCAUAGACAAAGACAAGGGGCUGCAGAAGUACUUUGUGGACAUCAACAUCCAGAACAAGAAGCUGGAGACCUUGUUGCACAGCAUGGAGGUGGCCCAGAACGGGACGGUGAAGGAGGACGGGGCGGGCGGCUCCUCGGGGGGCUCUCCUGCCCGCUCCCUGACCCGAAGCUCCACCUACACCAAGCUGAGCGACCAGGCCCCCGGCGACCGCAACGCCGGAGACCUGCAGAGCGCGUCUACCGAAGAGGUGGGCGAUAGCGGCUUCGCGGCGGCCGAUGACACGCUGAGCCGGACCGAACUGUUGGAGGCGAGCAGCCUGCUCUCUUCCGGGGUGGACUGUGGCCCGGAUGAAGCCUCGCUCCAGAGCUCCUUUACCUUGGGCUCCCGCCUCCCAACCAGCUCCACCUAUGAGAAGCUGCUGGGGGGCAGCGGGGGCGGGGGGGUGGAGGCGGGCGUGCAGGCCAGCUGCAUGCAAGAGCGGGCCAUUCAGACGGACUUUGUGCAUUACCAGCCCGACCUAGACACUAUCCUGGAGAAAGUAAUGAAGGCCCAGACCUGCGGCCUGGCCAGCCCGGGGCCUAGCCCUGCCUGGGCCCCGGGCCCCGACACAGAGGAUGGAGGGGCUGGCGUAGAGAUGCCCUCAGGCUUUCCCGGGCCCAUGGACCUGAUACCAGCGGACCCUAAUUCGGCCGUGGUGGUGACGGUCGGAGAGGAGCCAGCGGUGGCCCCAGUGACCCAUGGCCCUACCCCGCACGUGCCCAACCUGAACCCGUCGGUGAGCAUCGCCUGCCCCGUGGAUGAAGAGGCUGGCGAGGUCGCAGCGGAGCCCAAAAGCUAUUGGAGCCGCCACUUCAUUGUGGAUCUGCUUGCGGUGGUGGUCCCGGCGGUGCCAACAGUGGCCUGGCUGUGCCGCUCCCAGCGGCGCCAAGGCCAGCCCAUAUACAAUAUCAGCUCCCUGCUUCGGGGAUGCUGCACCGUGGCCUUGCACUCCAUCCGCAAGAUUAGCUGUCGAUCUGUGGGCACUUCCGGGCCUGUAGGUACCGGGGGCAGCUCCCAGCUGUGA